AUGGAUAGAAGUCUUGAUGAUAUCACUGGUGACCGUCAGCAGAGAAAUGGCGGAAAUCGAGGUCGAAAUGGUCGCAGGAACAAUCGAAAUGAUUACCCUCGUGACGGUCCAAAUGGAGGAGAUGAAUCUAGAAACAUAGACUCGGAAUGGGUUCAUGACAAAUUCGAUGACCGAAACGCCCGUCCUUCGAAUCGCCCUGAAAGACGCAACUAUGAUGACGAAAAACCAUUGAACAGUGCAAAAGUUUUGGUCGAGAAUGUACACUAUGAUUUGACAGAACAAGAAUUGGAGGGUCUUUUUGAGCGCAUUGGUCGUGUUGCUCAUUUGAAUCUCGUUUACGAUAGAGCUGGACGCUCAGAGGGAAUCGCGUAUGUGACGUAUGAUGAUGCAAGGGACGCCCAGAGAGCUAUUGCCGAGUUUCAUGGCGCAAAUGCCAAUGGUCAACCAAUUCGUCUUAGAUCUGUUCCAGAUGGUCCAUCAAAAGGUCGUGGAGGCAGAAACCAAGUCGAAUCAUCAGGUCGUUCCCUCGCCGAUCGUAUGACUCUUCCACGUUCUCGAUCCUUAUCUCCUCCAGUCAGACAUUCUGAUGUUAGCAAACCACCACCUGAAAACGUUGAUCGAUAUGUUCCAGGAGAUCGAGGAGAUCGAGGAGACCGAGGAGACCGAAGAAGACGCUCGCGUAGUCCAUUAUCACGUCGUGGACGAGAUGGUCGCAGACCAGGCGCAAGAAGAGAGAGAGGCGAGCGUACUGCUGGUCGUGGUGGAGACAAGCCUGCAAGAGAUGGUAGACCAAAGAAAACACAAGAAGAACUCGAUGCCGAGAUGGAUGACUAUUUUGGGAAUGGAUCCAAGCAGGAGAAUGUUAACGGGACUACAAAUGAAGCUCCGGUUGCAACCCAAGAGCCUGUUCAAACUGGGGAUGAUACCGAGAUGAUUGAGUAG